AUGUCGAAGAUCGAUGUUGUGGCUGGCUCCUUUGAUUUACUUUGUCUCCAGGAAGUACAGCGCGGUGUUUGUGGAUGGGAUGAAAACCAAACCGAUUGCUUUGCGUGGUUCACUCACAGGGAUGCUCAACAAUGGCGUGGCGUUGGGAUUGGGGUGGCAAAGGACCUCUUCGAUGCAGUGACUGAUAAGGUUGCCUGUGGACGGGGAGCUGCAUGGGUUGUUCGACUGAAGAAUCACAAACGUUUGAUACUGUGUUCGCUACAUUGCCCUACCGGGGUGACCGUCGCGAAGUACCACAAGGACGUUCAGGACUUCAAGCAGAUGCUUCGCAAGUGGCAUCCUGACCUCCCCAUCGUUGCUGGUGUGGAUGUGAAUGAACCUCUGGGGUGGAACAGUGAAAGCACGGAGGAUGCCUUUAUUAGCUCAGGGGCGAAAACUGACCGCCUGCUGGAAGUCACGUCGUCUCUUCGUCUUCGCGCCGUACUUUCCCAGGCGGAUGAGCGACACCUACCAACACAAUAUUCCCGGGAUGAAUGUCGCGAAGGGAGGCACAUCGACGCCGUCUUUGUCCGCCUGGUGGGGUGUGGAUCGGUUCGGGUACGUGCUGACAUGCGCCUUGAGAUCAACACUGACCACGCGAUGAUGGAGCUUCUAAUCGAAGUGGCUAAGACCAAACCUAGCACCUGGGUCGACACACGGCCUCGCUGGGUUGUGCGCGACUGUGAUGCUCUUCCUCCCGUCCGCAACUUUGAGGACAUCAAGAACAUCGUUGGGACGUUCACUGCCCCUCUUCAACGUCGACGUUACUGUGAGGAUGCUGAGCUAAAAGACAUGAUCUCCACCGCUAAACGCGCCCCAAGGGAUGAAAAGAAGGAGCUGUGGAAACGCGUUCAUCAUGCCCGCCGUCAUCGAAAAAGGGUGUGGCAACAGAAGCAAAUCACGAACAUCCUCUACGGCAAUUGGGGUGAAUAUCGUGACUACAAACAUGGCCUCAGAAAAGCCAGUUGGUGGGGUGGUCUCCUCUCGUCGAAAACCAGCACGGAUGUGGCUGCUGAAGUACAAGACUUCUUGGGCAACAAGCUUUGGGACGUAGCUCGUAAUUGGGACGUGGAACUUCGUCAUCGCCUUGCUCAAGUCGCCUGUCAACCCGCCGACCUGGUCCCGGUCAACAUCGAGGAGAUCAACACCGCUCUGCAUGGGAUGAAAAACCGCUCCGCUGUGGGGGCGGAUCGAGUCUGUGUUGAUCUUCUUCGUCGCCUUGCUGUGGAGCAGCCCGUGGCCAUGUGCGAUAUGUGUACCGAGAUCCUCGCUGGGGAGACUCAUCCGGAUGAUUGGGGUGUUUCGCUCCUUGCUCUUCUCCCAAAAUGUCAAACCCCUUCACAUCCGAAGGACCUUCGCCCCAUUGCUAUGGGUAGUGCCGCCAUGAAAAUGAUGUCCCGCCUGGUCAUGGGACGCGGGAAAGAAGUUGCGGUCAAUGCCAACCGGGGCAUCCGCCAAGGCAGCCCUGAGUCUGCAGAGCUCUUUGGGAUGAUCGUCGCCCAUGAAUUGCAAUCUCUGCGCCUUGGCAGACGAUGGAAGUGCAGCAAGGCAGGCCUCAAGGACAUGCCCGUCGACGUGGGGUGUUUUCAGGACGAUAUCUUCCUGUGGGGGGACAACGCUGAUAAAAUCGAGAAGAAUAUCCAGCUCAUCGCGAUCAUGCUCGCCAACCUCGGGUUGUCCCUCUCGUCUGACAAGACAUGCAUCGUCACCAACGCGCACUACAAGGGGAGGAGAACACUUCUGGCUGAUGGUGAAAUAGUGCAGUUCCGGCCCCUUGGUUCUUCCGUCCGGGUGCUGGGGGUUGACUUCGACUUUGAC